AUGGAAGCUGAAUUGGAAGCAGUUAUAUUGGCAGGAGCAGAUGAGGAGGAAAUAGAACAUAUCAUCCUCCAUAAUAUAUUUAUUGAUAGAGGCAUUACUCAUACAGCACAAUUCAACUUGGAAAACUUGCCAGAUGAAGUAAUAAGACUAAAUUUUCGAUUUGAGAGGUCUGACCUUCAUAGGCUGAUGGCUGUUUUACGAAUACCUUCAGAAAUUGUCACUAUCACACGUAAUAAAGUGGAUGGUUUAACAGCAUUGUGCAUUCUACUAAGACGGCUGGCAUAUCCAAACAGAUUGUGUGAUAUGGUCCCUAUGUUCCACUUGUCAACUCAGUCUUUGUCACAAAUCAUAAAUAAAUUGAUAAGUGUGAUUAUGGAGGAGCAUGCUGUACUUCUCAACAAUUUGAAUUCAUUGCAGUGGUUUAAUAGGGAGAAGUUGGAGUAUUAUGCACAGGCUAUUCAUAAUAAAGGAGCACCUAUGAAUAAUUGUUGGGGUUUCAUCGAUGGUACAGCAAGGAAAAUUUGUCGACCCUCUGAAAAUCAAGAAGAGUAUUAUUCAGGACACAAAAGGUAUCACUGCAUAAAAUUCCAAUCAAUAAUUUGUCCUGAUGGAAUUAUUGUUAGUUUGAAAGGCGCAUAUCCGGGAAGAAGGCAUGAUGCCAGAAUAUUUAGGGAGUCAGGUAUCUCUGAAGAAUUAGUGCAAAAGACAUGUUUUGACACAAGACGAUUUGUUUUAUUUGGUGAUCAAGGAUAUGGGCUGAGUGAUGUGCUAUUUACCCCAUUUCAUGGCAGAAUGGAAGAUUUACCUGCCCAUCAGCAGAGUUUCAAUUCUGCUAUGAAAGUUCUAAGGAUAGCAGUAGAAUGGGGUUUUCAGAAAGUCAUAUCAGAAUUUGCCUUUGUAGAUUUUUCAAAAAACCAAAAAAUGCUACUUCAAGACGUUGAUGCUUUAUACAAGCGAAUUCCAACGAACGAUGGCAAACGAACAGUCCGUCUGGGGCUUGAUUAUGCGUUCGUCGAUAAUGUCUACGGUGGCGACGUCACAAAUCAAAUGGACAUUAUGUCCUGA